GCCACCAGAGGGGCACUUCCGCUUCCUCGUUGUCCUCCUUUUUCCUCGCCUGAUGAGGAAACUGAGGCUAAAUUACUAACCAGUUGGGUUUCCAGUUCCCAAACCAGAUGUGAUCUUCCAGUUGAAGAGAGAAGUACCAUGGAUGCCAAACAGAAAAGAGUCCAGCGACACCUGUCUGGACCAAGAAAAACUUCCAAGUCACGCAACCAGCCAGCCGCCAUGAAGCCCUCCAAGCUUGAACCUGUCUUGACCUCUGACUCCUCGACAAGCAGUAAAAAGGGAGCCAAGAGGCAGCGGAUCAUGUUUAAGGAGGUUCAGCUCGAUGUUCUCCUGGAGGAGUUCCAUAAGAACCCCUAUCCGGAUUAUUCCCUCCGCAGCGAGCUUGCUAACCGCCUUGAUGUUUCCGAGGCCAGAAUCCAGAAUUGGUUUCAGAACCGAAGAGCCAAGCAGUCAAGGCAGCUGAAAGAAAAAAAAAGCUUGAAUUUAUCUGGGCAGUCCCAGCACCAGGGAGAACAGAGCUCCUUGGUCCAUGGCUUGAGAAAUCCUCAGACUUCAACUCCCAGCCAAGUUCCCCAGGAGAGUCUCACAGAGACCCAUUUACCUUGGCCAGAUAGAUCCAAGUUCUCCGCGUCUACGAUGACAAAGGUGACCUUUGGGGAAAGUCCUGGCUCCGCAGAGACAACGGCUACAGCCUCCGCCUUGGCCAAGGAGGCUUCCACUAGCCCAGGAGCCUGGCUUCAUUCUUCCGCCCUGACUGUGGAGUCUCGUCCCUAUUUAAAGCCCCGGUCCUGUGGAAGUCCCACCCAGAGCACGCAUCCUCGGCUCCAGACCCUGAAGAGAGGACAACAGUCCGAGAAACUGCUUUGGCUUAAGUAUCUCCCCCAGCUGCACGAGCAGUCCCAGCAGUAUCCCUGGAUGCAGGAGUAUCUGAAAUACCUUCAGCAGCACCCAGUCCCGGUUGCGCCUGCUCUGUCCCCCAGCCCAUCAGCGACACCCCUUCCAGACACCGUUCCCAGUGCCUCAGCAUCCCUGGCCUGGGAAGCAGAGGGGCCAGAGAUCUCUCCUGCCAAAUGAAUGUCUCUCCUCUGAAGAUGCAGGAGUGUAUGGAGCCCCGCACUAUCUUAACCUGAUGGAACUCUUUCCUUCCCCUCUCCCCUUCUGUCUCCCCAAUUACCUCUGCUCCAUGAUCCUGAUUUGGUUGGCUUCCUGGGACCAGGCAGCCAUUUGACCGAAAUUGUCUCUUUGAUGUACUUUGAGUUAAACAAGGGAUUCCUCUUUUCUUGUAGAAGAACAGAAUGGUACUGAACCUUUUCUCUGAGAUGGAUGAUGGAACUCGGGGUGUCUUAGUCUGAGCCCCACGAAUGGGUAGUCAUGCUGGGUUUUGUUCUCCUACUUCUGUUCAAUCCAUGGUCAAUAAUUCAGAAUUCUACCCCUGGUUAGAGAAGUUCAACAACAACCGGUUUAUAGAAUGAUGCUUGUCUCUUAAUUAGCAGGAUCCAUGGGCCUGGCUAAUUAACAGCAGACUAGGCAAGAAGGGUACAAGAGACCAGAGUGGUCCAGAUGGGCCUGUCCAGAAUUAAUCCAAAAUAAAGAAAAAGCUUUGUCGUGCCAUACUUGCCUUACUCCUAGACAGUCCAUGGGCUAUCCAUCAUUGGUCUUUGGAGGAGUCAUUUAGAAAGUACCUUGAGCAAUCAUUUCAGAAAUGGAAGCCUUCAUAUUUCUUUUGAAUUAACCUACAAAUCUCCACAGAUAUGAGACUUUUCUUGAAGCUGACAUUAAAAAAAAGACUGAAUUGAAUGCCAAUAUUUGUUACCUAGCUAUAUUAUUCAAAGACCAUCUUGGGAGGGCAUGGCUUUGAAUAAACCUGUAUUAAGUGGGCAAGUGUAGACCACGUUCUUCUCCCUGAGUAGAGAUGGGGAGCCUUUGUGUUUAUUAAUGUUCUCCAGGCAUUUCAGCUAUUCAUUAGUGUACCAUCAAAAGUCUUAUACCUCCUCAGAGCUGUUGUAAAAGGGAUGAGGUACUGCGUACAAGGCAGAGAAUACUUUAUCAGCUCCAUGACCUAGACAUUGUCAGUCACAUUGUAACAUGAGUUACAGUUGUCCCCAGAAUUAUGGGGAUCUUAAAUUCAACAUGAGGAUGGGAGACAUUGAUCUUUUGAAAAGACUUUGUUACCUUCAAUAUUUUUCAAGGGCCUUACUAGAUCACUACAAAGUCUUCUAUCAUACAGUUUUACUCCAAUAAUACUUAUACUCUAAUAACAUCUUUGUAGAAUGUGAUAACUUUAGAUUCAUCACAGAACCAAGUUCCAACUCUUAUAACAUUACCAGGUAAAGCAAUAGAAAAUGAUAUUGAAGAUAUCAGGAAGUUUAAGUGACUAAUAGUUUCUAUAAGAUCAUGUUUCAAACAUUAAUCUGAGACUAUAUCUGUGAUUUCUUAGGGUAACUCCCUUCAUGAAUGUUGAGAAAUUUGCAGAUAAAUUCUAUUGACUAUCUGAGGCAUGCAGAAGUUAUUCGACUUGCCCAGAGUUUUACAACUAGGAAUAUGUCUGAGGGAGUUAAGCAUCAGAUCUUCUGACACAGAAGCUAGUAUGCUAUCCUCUAUAGGUCAUUUUACCUUUAAUGGAAAUUUAUUAAAUAUUCAAAAGGAUCUCUGAUCUCACCAGUUUGGGAAUUCUCUCUAAGGAUGUGAACAAGACCCAUCAGAGUUUAUGUUUAAUGAAAUCUUGUUUGUUGGUAAAAGUUUAACAACUGACUUUCUUGGGGAAAAUAUAUAUAUAUAUAUAUAUAUAUAUAUAUAUAUAUGCAUGACAAAAUUUUGAAUUUAAUUUGCAUUAUUAAUAUUUUCCCAUCACUUAAGGCUAGAGCACUAACAAGACAAUAAAUCAAGCUCAGAUAUAUAGCAUUUGUGGAGUUCUACAUUAUAAAUGUUCACACUGAAAACCUCCACAAUUAGUUCACAAUUGCUGGUUUUAGCUGGUUCUGAAACACCUGAAUAAAUACAAUAUGAUAUGUUACAUAUCUUAUGAUGCAAUAUAAUAUUACAGAGAAAUCCUAAGAGUCAUCUUAGAGGGCAAUUAGUCCAAUAUGAACCUAUAUAGGAAAUUUCUCUGCAAGAACCCCAAUUAGUGGUCAUCAAGGUUUUGUUUUAAGACUAUCAGUGAAAAGGAAACCAAUAUCACUUAAAGCAGUCAAUUCUUUUUUUGUAAAGCUUCUAGAUAUUGCUUGCAUGAAUCACUCCAUCACUCCCUCUCUGAAUUUUGUGCAUUUUCACUGGUUGUCUCCCAUACCUGAAACUUUUUCUCUUCUUUUCUCUGGUGGCCUCCCUGGCUUCCUUCAUGUCUUGAUUAAAAUCUCCCCUUCACAAGAACCCUUAAUUCUAAUGCCUUCUCUUUGAGAUUUUUCUACAUUUAUAUAUUGUAUAUAUUAAUUUGAAUGUUGUUUUCCCAUUAAUUUGUAAGGCUCUUGAAGAAAUGUACUAUUGUUGUCCUUCCAUGUCAUAUCUAGUAACUAGCAGCAAUUAAUGCUUGUUGACUUGACUUGACCACCACAAGAAACAAAUGUUUGAAGAUAUCUGUUAGUCCUCCAUGCUCAAGGCUGUCUAUAAAUUUCGUAAAAUAAGUCCCUUAGAAGAGAACACUUGAUAGAUAGCCUAGAUGCUGUCUGACUAGAGCAGAGUUUUUUUCCCAUUUGAAACAUUUUGUUUCUUUCAGUUUAUCCCAAGGUUGCAUUAGUUUUUUUUUUUGUUUGCUUGUUUUUGUUUUUGUUUUUGCUUUUGGCUUUAGUUUUAGUUUUGGUUUUUGGCUUUGUGUUAUCCUAUUGGUUCAUGUUGAAUUGAUAGCAUUGUAUAAGUACCAGGACUUUUGAACAUAUACUAUAUUAUUCCUAUAUGAAAAUGGUCAUUAUAUAUGCCUGGAUUUUUCCACCAUAAUAUGUCAUUUCAGCCCAGACUUCUUCCCCUUGUGGAGAGUUAUAACUGUGACCACUUUGAGACCCAGAUAUAUCACUCAAGACCUCCACUUAUCUCUACAGACAACCAGUCAUGUGAUUUCCCCUUUCAUUUAGUCUCCUAAAAACUCUCAACCACAAUAGAAUAAUACUUUUCCAUCAUGGGGAAGAAUUGCACUUCUUAUUUUUGUGAAUGUCCCUAUUUCAUAUAAGACAAUUGCAACCAAGUCAGGGAAUAUUCAUUGCAUUUUACCAACCCUUUAUUUUUUGGGAUUAAUAAUGUGACUUCAAUUGUCAUUGUUAAACUAAGUAACAAUAUGGCUGAAAAAGUACAGAAAGCAAACUGACCUGCUUGCUGUCUUUAAGGAUUUUAUGUCUUGCCUUCGUCGCUUUACAAAGUAAUUCCCUAUAUUUGGAAUGGUCCUUCUGCCUGUUGUGAUCCCACAUUUUCUUCAAAGCUCAAGAUGUGCCUGCAUGAGAGACCUUUCCUGAUUCUCCCAGUUAUUAAUGUCCUCUUAAAAUUACUUUUCAAAUUUUGCAUAUACAGUCUAUAUCUGCUCCUCACUAAAAUGCAAGUUUCACAAGGGAAAGUCCUGCUUUGCUUUUGUAUUAGUAAUGUAGUAACAGUAAAUAUUUAAUAAAAGUUUGUUGGUUGAUGUCAGGAUAGACAUUUUCAUGCUGUUUACAUGUAAAAUUCUCUUCCAAGCAUGCUGAUAAGUACAAAUUGAUUUGUGGCUGAAAACUUUUUUCUUCUAAAUACUUCUCUGUUCUUUGACUGAUGUUCACCAUGCUUGUCAAAUAUCUGUUAUAAUUUCCCAAAAGUUUCUACUUACACAACACUGUUCAAACUUCAAGCACUAUAGCUCACCAAUCAAAUGGGUUUUUUUGUUUGUUUUUUUUUCUCAUUAGAUUAUUUGAAUCAUGUACUUAGAUUAUGUUGUAAAGCAGCACUGGAAAUGAAGUGAAAAGAAAUGGAUUGGAGUCAUACUUUAGUUCUACUUCAGCCAAUGAAAUAUGUUCUUUCAAGAAUAGAAGUAUGAAUUAUUAGUGUCCAAAAGCAGAAAUGGGCCCAACAGUGUAAUUAUCUCUGAUGAGACUGUAUUUUGAGUAUUGUAGUCAGGAUUGGGAAUUACAUUGACAAGUUAAAAGUCGAAACAUCCCAGAAUGAAAUGGGUUGUCUCAAAAAGUUGUAUGUUCAUUAUCACUGCAAAUGUUCUCAUAGACUGGACAAUAUCUUGCCAUGAAUGUGAGAAAAUAAAACAAUACUUCAGACAACACGUAGCUCAGUAUCAAAGAUUUAGCAUUAAAUGAAACCCCAAAAGGCAAUAAGGUUACCCUUCUCAUUUUAGUGUUAUGAGAUCUAGAAAAGUUAAAUGACUUCCCAGGGCCAUACAACUGAUAAUUAUCUGUGUCAGGAUUUAAUUUCAGGUUUUUCUGACACUGUUCCUUUUCAGUUCUAAUUCUAUAAUCAUAUUAUUCCACUUUCAAGUCAGUGAGUUCCAAAGUUGGGUAAUUCUGGGUGCAGACAAGGGAGAAAGUAUUUUUUUCUCUUGCCUGGGAAUCAAACAGAUAUGAAUUCCUCUCCUGGGACAGGCCCAGUAGAUAGAGGUUAUAUGCCCAUGGUUGGAGAAAAAAAAAAAGUUGGCUAUUUCAGUAUAGGACUUCCAAAUCCAAAGUAGACUGGGAUAGUGGAUUUUAAAUGACUGAAACAUCUACAGUUUUGCUAACUGAAUAUAUUGGCUCGAGGCUGAGAUAACUAUAGUAGAAAUGGAUCAGGGAAUAAUAUGCAGAAACUGGUUUAGCCCAAGGGUCUAGAAAAGGGUUUACCAAGGGCAAAUAUUAAAUUAUUCAG